CCACAUUUUUUUUUUCCUUAAAAAAAAAAAAAAAUGAUUGAAGAACCUCCCCCAUUACCUUUUCCUUCUUUAAAGAAACUACAAGUGGUAGCACGAGAAGUUCUUGAUGCUUUGCGUAAUCCAACCUCUCCAACCUCUAUCGAAUACAAGUUUUUUAAUCCACCUUCAGCUUGUGAACCUGAAAAGAAAAAACCUAGAUUACAAAAAAAGGCCUGUGAAAACUGCAAGAAAAAGAAAACAAAGUGUGAUAACAAUGCAACACCAGAUAAUCUUUGCCAAAGACAAACAUGUUCUUGUAUGUAUCAUGUUAAUCCUGUUAAUGACGAACAAGAUAACACUUUAAACAAAAAUGACAAGGGAAAGGGGCCGGCUGAUGCAUCUUCUUUUGACCGAAAUCCUGCAGCAGCCACACUAAUAAAUAUUGACAUUAUACCAUCAACAACGGUUUUUCGAAAACCUGGCACAUUACUUUCUGGUCACUACGCUGGAGAAACAUCAUUUUGUGGAUAUAUUCAACCGGAACUUCAACCUAAAGCUAUAAAAGAAGAAUGCAAUUUUCCGACUUUUGAUCCAACUCCAAUUCAGGCGCCAUUUAUUUCUGAAAGUGAUCAACUUUAUUUAAUUGAAACUUAUUACGAAAAUAUCAACCCCUUUUUCCCUAUUUUAAAUAAGGAAGAUAUGAAAACUCAGCUUAAACAAGUAAUGAACAAUAGGCCUACCUAUCUUUCACCUUUAUUUUUUUACGCCCUUUUUGCACGUGCUGCUCAUGUGGAAACAGAUCGUAUACACACUGAAUAUAAUCAACAAACCUUUGAAGGUCUUGGUGAUGCUUGCACCACCUAUGUAUCAUCUCUUGUUAAUUGUUAUAAAGAUACUCCAAGGGUCAGCACAGUAUUGGCUUUAAUCAUUAUGGCAAAUCAUUUAGAACAAACAAAACUUCCUGCGAACCUUACAAAAUCUUGGCUCUGGGCCGGAGAAGCAUUCCGGAUCGCGCUAGAUUUAGGAAUACACCGGUCACUGAUAUCCGAAAAGGAAGACGCUCUUGGCCAACUGUGUAUAAGAACCUUUUGGCUGGCUUACAUUACUGAUUGUACCAUAAGUAUGACUUAUGGUAGACCUUCAGCCACAGAAGAGAAAGUUCUUGACGUUACGGCACCAAAAAGGAUACCAACUGAUGAUGAUUGUACUACUGAAUGGUUAGAUGGCUUAAAUUCUCUAAUUUCUCUGAGUAAAAUUGCUGCUCGUGUUAUCAAAUUUAAUUAUUGUCCUCCCCCUCCAUUCAAAAUCCCAGGUCCUGUAAAGAGGCAUAAUGCUUUUUUAGCAAGUGUUGAUUCUUGGCUAACUGAUAUCAUGCACCCCCACACAGAACCAGAUUCACCUAUAUCUAGCGCUGCUAAUGUGAUUCCACCAGAAACGACAAUAACAAGACGAAUGAACUUUCAAAAGAAAAUGUUUUUGUAUACAAAUCUUAUUUUGCUUCACCGUCCCUAUGUCAACGAUUCUGUUGUGGCAAGAAAUCCUUCAAGGCCAUCUUACGAUAUAUGCACUUUUGCUGCCAUUAUCAUUACUGACGCCGCCUACCGACUUGAACCCAGUGAAUUAAUAUAUCAUUCCAAGUCUCCAAUGAUUGCCUAUGCUCUCGUUAUGGCACUUCGUAUCCAUAUCAUGAACGCUACCACAAGCCCUAACAGUGAUAAACUCAGUUCAGAUAAGAAUUAUUAUAGAAGUAUCUCUACCCUUGAAAAAUUACCUCAAUGUAGAGGCUCGCCUUCUUUAUUGUUUGAUGCACUUGUUGAUCUCAAAGAGCAGUAUGACAACCGGUUUGUUUUAGCUCAAGAAAGGGAGGACGAGAUGCGUGUGGCACAAAAUCAAAUAGACCAAAACACAUUUGCAACGCCACUUGACCCAUUCGGUGGUAACUCCUUGGGGAAGCGAAAGGAAAAUUCUUGUACUGUCUCCUCCGAUGGUAAUGGAAAUGACCUUACCGUAAAAGAAUACAUUCCUCAUGGUGAAACAGUUAAAUCAAGAAAGAAAGCCAAACCUACUCGCACUUUAUCAACUAACAGUGAUACUAAAAAAGAAACCAAGUUUAUGAAUCGUAUUGUAUUCUCUAAAGAUGAUGUCAGUGGCAGUACAUCACCCAAAAGCAAGAUUGAAUACGCUCUGCCUAAACAAGAAGAACCAACACCAACUUUAGAAGUUAAACAAUUACAACAAGAUCUUUUACAAACAACAGACGGACAGCAACCACACGAUCUUAUAUCUGGAAUGAUGGGUCUGACCAUGCCAUUUACAGAACCUUUGUUGGGUUACAGUACACCCUAUUUGGAUGUGGACUCUAGUAGUACAUGCACAAAUGAUAGCUUUAUGAAUUUAAUUCAUCAAAAUUAUGAUACAGGAACUUAUGAUGAAAACUCUCAACAAGAGCUGUUAUCUUUCAGUAAUCUUGAAUUUUUCAAUCCAUUGCUCAACCCGUUGUUUAGUAAUGACUUUUUGACACCUAAUGAAUUGAACAGUGCUUCUGGAAUCGCAAACGGCACAGUCAAUCAGUCACAAGAAGGAGAAAGAGUAUAUACUAUUAGCUACGACAUUAAUAGCGUAUCGAUAACACCUGAAGACGUAAAUUUCAUGCCUCCUCCAGCUGAUGCACCGAUGGCUGAAAAUAACUUUUUCUCUGGUUUUACAGAACAAAGUUUCCAUUGACAUUCCUCUACACUUUUUAUUCACCAUAUUAUACCAUUUAACAGUCUUCGCUCUUACCAUCACCCGUACUACCCUUUUUUUUUUUUACUACUCAUCUUUCAUCUAUAUAAUAUCUAAAUAAACGAAUAAGGGAGCUCUUUGUUCGCUCAUGUUGAAAAAAAAAAAGGGUGUGGGAAAACGG